AUGACUGUGAAUGAACAAUUAAAAGAAUCACCUCGCCACGAUUAUUCGUGGCCAGUUUUUAUUGGAAACUUUAGCAUUUUGCAAGAAUAUCUGUCAGAAAAAGAAAGUUAUCUAUGGAGCGUGGUACGCUUAUUUGACUUUUUGCUACGAGGUUUUGGUCAAGUCGUGUUUUCGAAUAAUCCAAUUAGUGGUCUAUUGAUAAUAAUUUCUUUAGGAGCUACUUCACCAGGUACAUUAUUAUUCGCAGCCAUCACCGGAUUUUUAGGCCUUCUGCUAUCCAUGCUGUUGCGAGAUCCACAGGAACAUAUUGCAAAUGGGUUGACCGUGUUCAAUCCACUAUUAGUGGGAGCUGUAUCCUAUGCUUUGAUACCGAAAGUCUAUGGACCAUUUGACAGUUUAAGUAUAUUAUUGAUACUUCUGGGGACGAUAUUCAGUGUUUACAUGACCCGAUCCAUGAGAGACAAUAAAAUACCAGCUAUGGCAUGGCCGUUUAACCUAGCUGAAUUUGCACUGCUGCUGGUCCUUUAUGCCAAACACAAUGGGCUUGAUACGGCGGAGAAACUGCAACUUAUGAGAAUGGACAAUGCAACAAGUGAUGCGACGACAAGCAAUGUCAGUUUCAUCGGAGAAAAUGCGACAGGGGUGCACAUUGACUGGGGAAUGAUUUUUCAUGGCGUUAUAGUGUCAGCGUCGCAAGUAGUAGCAGUCGAAAAUGCUAUUACAGGUUGCGUCGUUUAUUUGGCUAUUCUACUUUUUUCGCCAAAGGCAGCUAGUUUUGCUUUCUUGGGGGCAUUUAUGGGUUCAUUGACGGCUUUAAUAUUUGGAGCAUCGAUUGAUGAAAUAUAUAGUGGCUUUUGGGGUUUCAACACUUUAUUGACAGGAAUAUCAUUAGGUGGAUUCUUCUAUACGUUUAAUGGACAAAUGGUUGCAGCCACGAUUGUAGCAAUUGUCUACACUAUGAUAGUACAAUAUUCUAUAUUGUUCCUUUUUAAAAAUUUGAAAUUGCCAAUAUUAUCACUGCCAUUUAUUUUGGUGACUUCAUUGUUUCUGAAAUUAAGAAACAAUUCAGGAAACAAAACUUCGUCACAAUCACCGUCCGUUCCAUCUUCGCAGAAACAAAGUCAGGAUUAUCUUGCCAACCAAUUUCAUCUCAUUCCACAAGUAGAUGAUCCAGAAAAUGAUAAUUAUAAAGAUAAAAAAAAUAUGUCCACACUUGACGUUUAA